AUACACCUCAGUGCACCUGCGCAGACAGCUCAUACACAAGUACGGAAUUACAAAUGCCAGACGUACGAAGUGCUGGAGUAGUAUGGGGCCUUUUGCUCACCGUGUUCUGGUGGUUCUCUACUCCGUACAGUAUGCUACUCCACGAAGAUGCGGCUUGCAGAUUGCUCCUGACCGUAUGGUUGAUGCCCAAUGUAGCGCUGUUUUGUUCCUGCCGAAACCCAGCCCCAGAAGGGAUACUCGUGCUGUUGAUUUGACAGUUGGCCAUCCACGACAGCAGGCAAUAUUUCAGGCUCUUAUGUUGAUCUGUCCGCGUUUAUCGCAUUGCAGACAUGGAUCGCUUUGAAUGUCGAUUUGAUUGGGCCGCCGAAAAAGAAUUUCAGUUUUUUUGCUUUUACUCUCGCAUGAGAAUUGCCAUGACCGAAAGGAUUGGGCGAUCAGGGCGAGAAAUUUCAAAAAACAAAAAAAAAAAAAAAAAAAAAAAAAACAACCAUCUACCCAGUACCCUCAUCAUCAUUCUUA